UCCACCAUGGAUCUCGAUCGCGAUCGCCGCUUAGUCGUUCUGGCCUUGGUAAAAGCUGGCAGGGCCUACUUAGACGCCGCCUCGGCGGCCUACCAAGUUGAACGCCUCGGCUUUGGCCACCUCGUUGGCGACCCAGCUGCCGACGCAAUCUUGUCCUUCAAAGCUGCCGCCGCCUUGGCCUUCAAAGCUGCCGCCGCGUCCAGCACAGUUUUAAACGGCGCGGCCUACCCAGCUGCUGCCGUCCCCGUCGCCGCACCCGUCCCCGUCGCCGACCUCCCAGUCCCCAUCGCCGACCCCGUUGCAGACCUCGCCCCAGUCCCCAUCGCCGACCCCGUCGCCGACCUCAUCCCAGUCCCCAUCGCCGACCCCGUCAUCGUCCCCCGUCGUCCCCGUCGACAACCCUCCCGCCGAUGCCGCCGCCGCUGAUCCGUCGUCAUCCCUUUCAUCCCCAUCACUUGUUUUAGCUUUGAUAUGAAUGGACCCUUAGUAAUUAAAUACUAAAAUGAUGGCCAGUCAGUGGGAAGCACAAAGAUCAUGGAUAGGUCAUUAGAAGGAAGUGUGGCUUCUGAUGUAUCGGGAGAAGGUACAGAUGGAAUAAAUAGAUUAACAAAAAGAAUUAGUGCUUUUUUAGAAAAUGAAAUUUGCUUCGAUGGAGCAGUUAGAAAAUGAAAUUUGCUUCGAUGGAGCAGAGCAGAGGAAAUAGUCCAUGCUGUAGAUAGUUCCAAACAACAUGUAGUUGACAAAGAUACGACAAGAAGUACAAUUAGUUAAGUGUGUAAAUGAAUCAAGCUUCUUGUGAGCUAUUCGAAGUUUGAUUCGAUAAAAAUUCGUUUGAGCUCGUUUAAUUAGGCUCGUUAAGAUAAAUAA